AUGGCUCAUCCUGUACACCAAGCUAAUGAGAACAGCCCUUUUGGCAACCUCACAAGGGAAGAAUUCUACAAAAAACACCAUGUUCUCCACCAGGAGGGUUUCAUGCUAAACAGCCAAAACUUGAAAAUCUUCACACAGUCCUGGUGUCCUGAUUCCACCCUUCAACCCAAGGGCCUUGUGGCCAUGGUCCAUGGCUACACCUCUGAGAGCAGCUGGCUCUUUGGGCUCACUGCUGUGGCUAUUGCUAAGGCUGGGUUUUUGGUUUAUGCGCUUGACCUCCAAGGCCAUGGCUAUUCUGAAGGCUUACCUGGGCACAUCCCUGAUAUCCAGCCUAUUGUUCGUGACUGCAUCCAAUACUUCGACUCUGCACGAGCUAACCACCCGAAGCUCCCUGCUUUCCUCUAUGGCGAGUCACUGGGUGGUGCAAUUGCCAUACUUUUAUGCCUCAAGCAAGAAUGCAAGUGGAAUGGGUUGAUUUUGAAUGGAGCUAUGUGUGGAGUUUCUGCUAAGUUCAAACCAGUGUGGCCACUAGAGAAGCUGCUUCCAGUGGCUGCUUUCUUUGCACCCAAUUGGAGGAUAGUGAUUUCGAAACCUUUGGCAAGUAAGUCCUACAAAGAGGAGUGGAAGAGAAAGUUAGUGGCAAAGAGUCCAAACCGUCGUGCCUCUGGAAAGCCACCUGCAGCCACAGCACUGGAAUUUCUGAGAGUUUGUGACUACAUAAGUAGGCAUUGCCAUGAGUUAGAAGUUCCAAUGCUAGUAGUCCAUGGGGAGGAUGAUAUGGUGUGUGCCUCGGAUUCUGCAAGGACAGUUUAUGAGUUAGCAGCCAGUAAGGAUAAAACAUUGAACAUCUUUCCAGGUAUGUGGCAUCAAUUGAUUGGUGAACCUAAGGAAGGCGUCGAGCUAGUUUUUGGGACCAUUCUCACAUGGAUAGACAGUCGGGCUGAAAAGGCUAAAGCCAAUACAAAUAGGCUUUAUGUUGAACAGUGA